UGUAAAUCUGCCAGCUGUUUAGGAGGAUAUGAGCAAGAAGAGUGCAAUUGCAGAAACUGUGGAAUUCUAAUAAGUGCUGAGAUAAUGAUGCAACCAGUUCACACAGGCUUAAAUAAGGUUUCGCCUGGUUAUGUAAGUUGGGUUGUGUGCUUACUGUUUUUAGUCUUGUUAGUCCGUCUUUAGACCAAAAUGUCGUGCAUUAACGGGAAAAGCUGAUCAGCACUAGGGGGCGAUAUUUGGUAAAGGCAAGGACAAUUAUAUGCUGAGUCUGGACAGACAACUUGAGUUAUUGAGUAGUUAGCAACUUGUGAAGAGUUGUGCAAGAUAGGUAGUGAGAGAUAACACCAGGUUUUCGGCCAGCACAAGCAGUUCUUCCUUCAUCUGCCUAAUCAUCAUGGAGGAGGGCCGAAAGCUGUGCUCGUCCGCUCAGAUGCUCGUGUGCGCGCUUGUUUUAUCCUUCUGCGUGUUUGAAAUCGCUGCAGCAGAGACGCUGUGCGGCGGAGAGCUGGUGGAUGCGCUGCAGUUCGUGUGUGAAGACAGAGGCUUCUACUUCAGUAGGCCAAUAAGCAGGUCGAAUAGCCGACGUUCUCAGAACCGUGGCAUUGUGGAGGAGUGUUGUUUUAGGAGUUGUGAUCUUGCACUGUUGGAACAGUACUGUGCCAAGCCAGCCAAGUCAGAGAGGGACGUCUCAGCCACUUCCCUUCAGGUCAUGUCACCUGUGAUGCCAGCAUUAAAACAGGAUGUCCCAAGAAAGCAUGUGACUAUAAAAUAUUCCAAAUAUGGACUCUGGCAACAGAAUGCAGCCCAGAGACUACGGAGAGGCAUCCCAGCUAUCCUGCGAUCGAGGAAGUUCAGGCCGCAGGCAGAGAAGAAAAAGGGCCAGGAACAGGCCAAUGUCCAUAAGCGUCUUAUCACACUUCCCAGCAAAGUCCCUCCCUUAUGGCAUCCCACAGAAGACUACAUCAGCCACAAGUGAAGACAGGAUAGUUUGCACAGAGUUAAAAGACUAGGGGAUCAUAGCUUUGUAUCUGGCGUCAUUUCUGUGGUGGUCCUCUACAACCUGCCUCCCUCCCUCACACAUACAUGAUCGCAUUCUUCCAGUCCUUACUCUUGCUGUUUCGUUCAUCAACACGGACAAACGAGACUGAAAUAAGGAUGGAAAUUAACAGUUUGGGUGACUGAAAUUCAGGUGGAUGCUAAAAAUAAUAAAGAGGAGCAAAGGAAGCAUAUGUGAUGAAAGAGAUACAUGGCUUGCAAGAGUCAAGGACAGUCGUUUUGGAGGACAUCAAAACAUGAAGAACUUCUAGCACGAACAACAAGCAUUCAACAACAUUCUCCCAAGACAGAAGUAUAUCUUCUCAGUUAAUCCUUAUCCUUAUUAGUUACUUUGCACCGCUCACUAUAAAGGGACAUCCACACUGUAAGGAAUUGUUUUGUAAAAAUUAGAUUCCUGUUCCAGCACCUUCUAAUCACAAACAAAAAAAAAGCAGAAAAGUGUCUGCAAAUUGCACAUUGCCACGGAUUACGUAAAAGUUCUUGUUGAGUAAAUAAAGGCACUAUUUUUUUACGGACAACAAACGUGUAGCUCAAAAAAAUGUCAUGGUGCUAGCGUUGUGAAUGGACUCAAAGGAAAGAAGGUUUGAAAAGCACGUUUUUUUUGUUCUUCAAAUAAUUAUUAAGCUUUCCGUUUUAAGGAAAGUGUGACUUACAAAGAGAUAAAAUGAUCAUAUCAGCUGUGGCAAUGUGCGAAGGGGGUGCCACUGUGUAUGGACGUGUCUGGUAUCAAAAUGUGCAGCAGUCACGCCGUGCCCCCCUUGCUUCAGUUCUCACUGCACUCAGUUGAAGGAGCCGUACGUGAGGGCACUGAAAGGGUGACGCUCAGGCCUGGACUGCACAUAGCCCUGGCCUUGCACUGCAGGAAGUGGGAGUAAAGGGACUUGGAAUAAGUGGGAUGUUUUUUUUUUUUUAAAUCUUCUGUUUUCUUUUCAAGAAGAUGUUUAAAAAAAAAGGUAAAUCAAAACCUGUUCAGUCUCUGGUACCGUGACGUUCCUGUUGAUGCAAAAUAGACUUUUUUUUCAUUCAUUUACUUUUUUUGAGACGUUAUUUUACAGUUCUGAAGAAAGGCACAAAUAUCAUUUCAAAGGGAAUAAAUACGCAAUAAUUUCAACUAACAUUUAUUUUUAAAAUUGUAUCAGUAGUAUUCACAUGCUUUUGCCUGAAAACAGAUACUUGAAUACAUAAAUAUUAAAAUAAACAUAUAUAUAUAUAUAUAUAUAUAUAUAUAUAUAUAUAUAUAUAUAUAUAUAUAUAUAUAAAAUUAGUUUCCAGGGACGUCAUGUUAUAUUCUUUUAGUCUGAGCUGUAUCUUGCAUAAUGAGCCGCCAAGCUUUUUGUUUGUUUGUUUAAGUACAAAUAUGGGCACUGUAUAAAGGCAUUAUUUAUUUUGUUAUAAAAAAUAUAUAUAUGAAAAUUGGUCCAAAUACAGUAAUAUACAUAGCACUGAUGCUCAACUGAUGGAAUUUAUUUUAUAUGCUCUCCUUUUCCCAUUGUACUUGUACUGCUUUUUUUUAGAUGCUUUGUACCAAAAAUAUUCCUUUCUCCUUUUGGUUUGCCACUGAGAUGUUUCAGCUAUUUUAAAAUUAAUAUUUAAACAGCAGAAGUACCCUGGACUGCUAAGGCAUGUUGUCACAAAAAUAGGCACAUACUCAGAAGACUCUACAUUUCUUCACAUCUAGCUUCUCUCACAUGGCUUUUUGGUCUGCCAAAUGGAUUUCUGUUAUUAAAAAUACUCAUGCUUGACUUAUUAUACUUGUUCCAUAUGCAGUGACAAUAAUUGAAGCAGUUUUAUUCUAUAGGAAAUGGUGAAGUCAUUACUGCCAUUUUUGGGUAUCAUUAAAAUAUAAUUAUAUAUUCAGUAUAGGUAUAAGCGUUACGUGACCACUUCAUAUGUCAGCUCUGAGUGGGGUUAAGUUCAAGUAAGGUUGGCUGGAUGGAGAUAUAAUCAGUGGCUGGAUGGAGAUAUAAUGUUCUUUGACACCAAUCUGUAACUGCGUGAAUCUUAGUCACAGAUGUGUGUAAAGGGCAGUUUCUAUUAAUACAGUUAUCCACUGACAGCUGAAGUAAUCAUCCUCUUGGUGUUCACUGAAGAGCACUGAGGUGAUGCUUAUCCAUCAUAACUGUGGCCACUCACAAGUGGCCCACUUCCCUUCUCCUUCUCCAUGCCAUACAUCUGGCUUUUGGUGGGACUGGUUACUUUUCCUUGCAACAAUAAUAAAAAAAAUCUUCAUUCAUUAUUCAAGGGCUACCUUAAUAAACCAUCUUUAAAGCAGGUUUAAAACUCAGGUAGAAAACAAAAGUUUAUGGAAGACAGAAUUGAGUCAGAAUGUGUUGAUUUGGGACUAUCAAUAAUUAACAACCAGUUUUCUUUAUAAAAUAUUUACCACAUUUUGGGAUGGAGUAAAAUGAGCCAGUAAUGUUACUGAAUACAGAACAUCAUGUAGUAUUGUAACCUGACAAAUUAAUAUACCACUUUGCCUCCACAUUCCUUCCUGUCUAUGUAUCCUUAUCAGUUGUUUGAUUAAACGGUGCAAUUAUUAUUAUUAUUAUUAUUAUUAUUAUUAUUAUUUUCCUACUUCCUGUGAGGACUGCAUCCACUCUUUUGUUUGAACAGAUUUCUAUGUGAACAUGAAGGUAAAACAUAAUCUGCGUGGAAUAUAGUGGGAUCUUCUGCCUGUCCAUGUCCACGCAAACAUACUAGUAUCAAUAGCCCACUCAGCCUGUGUGUACGUUUAUUGACUUAACCUCUGCACGCUAGAACGUCCAAAAUGCACAUUUCAUGUACUUUCAUUUUUACUCUCAAUAAAGAAAGCAUUUUAUGAAAUA